CCUGUCUUUAAAAGCCGUGUGUAAUGGGUAAUGGGGGAAAGUGAACGGUAGAACCUCACUUCAGCCAUAAGCAUCGAAAAAGAGAAAAAACUAAAAACAGAAAGAGAGAUGGAGGAUGAGAUCCAACACUUUAGCCAUAAGCAUCAUUUACGACUAAAGAAUAAGAAGCCCUAUGGAUUUAAUGCACAUUGCGCUGCAUGUUCGGGUUAUCUCUCUAGCGUCGUCUAUUCUUGCAAAGAUUGUCGGUAUUAUCUUCAUACAGAAUGUGCCAAGUUGGAGGGUGAGAUCGAACACUCGCACCAUCCAUUUCAAUCUCUAAAGCUGCACGUUAUUGUAGAUGAUGGGCAUUUCUAUUGCAAUGUGUGUCAUAAGUAUCGUGAGGGCUUCAGCUACCGUUGCACCGACUGUAAUUUCAAAAUGGAUCUUUUAUGUUCACUCGAAUCAGAGAUUCGGUUACCAAUUCACGACCACAAGCUAAAGCUACAGGUUGGUGAUACUGACACUGAACCAUCCUUUUUUUGCGAUUUCUGUCAUACCGAAAGUACUGUGCAGCGUGCCGAAAAGUGUGCGACGGUGCUACCUAUUGUUGCAAGCCAUGUUAUUUCUUCCUUCACGAAUCAUGUGCCGAGUAUCCGACAGAAAUCAAUCUUUCCUUGCAUUCAGAUCAUCCUCUUAUGCUAAGCAGUACUAGGAAAGAGAGGGAACGCUGCGAUUUCUGCAACCUUAUAUGCCAAGCCUUAACCUUCCGCUGUGACUCGUGCAAUUUCAAGAUUGAUUAUUUAUGCGCCCGUAUGCUCGUUGAUCAUUUCAGCCACCCCCGUUCCCUGUUCCGACACAACAGCAUUCUAACCGGUGGUACUGGUAACGCUAACUGCUAUGCGUGCCGGGAACAGCUCUCAUCCUCUAGUCAAUCCUACGAAUGCUCUGAUUGUGCUUUCUAUCUCCAUGAAUCAUGCAGUCGAGAUCUCAUCGAACAUUAUAGACACUACAAGCAUAAAAAAAAUCACUUUCACAACCAUCCAUUGGAAAUCGUUUACUAUGAUAGAAAUGUCACCGGCGUUGUUUGUUGUAGUUUAUGCCGUAAAUGUUGCUUUGGGCCUACCUACGUUUGCUUCCUGUACAACUUCUUCCUGCAUGAGUCCUGUCUAGAGCUCCUGGGAACAAAUACAAUCAGUCAAAAUUCCUUCCAUAAGCAUCCACUGAUAAUCGUUGACAAUAAGGUUAAUGAUUCUACUAGCUCUUUCUUUAUGAAUAAUGAUUUUCCUAGUUGCUCUGCUUGCGGUGAACCUUGCUUUGAAAAAUCCUUUGCUUGUUUGAAAUGCAAGUUCUUAAUCCACGAAUUAUGUCUUCAACUGCCCCAUGAGAUUCAGCAUUUCUUCCAUCCAUGCCCUCUAUCUCUACAACAGGAGACUACUAACUUUACAUGCAGAGCCUGUGAAAAAAGUCGCUCCCAGUUUGCAUACUGUUGUAAUAGAUGCCACUUUUUCCUUGAUGUUGAAUGUGCCCUAAUGUUCACUAGAAAUUUUGAAGGCAAAAACUACAUUCUAAGUUACUACCACCAUCACCCCUUGAUCCUCUGUAAGAAGGAAAGUAAUGAUCAUGUAGUUUCCUGCGAUGGAUGCAAUCAAGUCAUCUCUAGUGAAAUAUACGGUUGCAUCCAAUGUAAUUUCUAUCUCCACAGAUCAUGUGCUGCAGUCCGACAACAGAUUGAACAUCCUUUUCAUCCAAAGCACACUCUCAAUUUGUUUUUUGAUGAAAAGUUGUUGUGCACAGCCUCAAUUUUAAAAUCCUUGGAUAAGGGGAAAGUGAAAUAUUUGAGGCACAAGCAUUUCUCAAUCCACGAUGACAAGGAGAAUGAAGUAUGUGAGAAACACGUUUGCAGUCCAUCAUAUGAAUGCAUUAGAUGCAAAUUCUUCAUCCAUCAAGAUUGUAUUGAACCUGUAGAAGAAGGGCAACAUCCUUUUCAACCGCAUGAUAAUGAUAGUCUAAUUGGCGUAUCAAGAAAAACUCUUCCUAGAAAAAAAUUUAGAUGUGAUGCUUGUUCUUGCAAGAGUUGCUUUGGCUUUUCCUAUCGUUGUGAAGAAUGCAACUUUAAGUUGGAUGCUAAUUGCGCUUCAUUAAAGCCUACAACGAAGUAUGAAGGUCACAAGCAUCUUCUUUCUUUCUUCGAGAAAGUGUAUGAUGACCCUCAGUGUGAAGUUUGCAAAACUAGCUAUUCCGAUGUCUCGUAUUUGCGAUGUGUAGAGUGUGACUUCAAUGUCCAUCUCUUGUGUGUUCCACUGCCGAGUACCAUUAAGCAUAAAUGUCAUAUCGAUCCCCUUUACCUUAGAGAUUAUUUUGUGGAAGAUUAUUCAGGUGAGUACUAUUGUGAUGCUUGUGAAAACAGUAGAGACCCACGGGAAAGUGUUUAUCACUGUGCAGAAUGCAGCAACUAUGUGGCACAUAUGAAUUGUGUGAUUGAUGAGGUGUUACUUUCACUAAGAGGGAAGCGUGGAGAUGUGGAGUUGAGAAUAGUGGAUAGACACAAAAUUGAUGAGAAGAUAUCAAAAAGAGGCUUGACCUUAAAAGAAAUAUUUAACUCUUCUAAUGAAGAUGAGAAAAGGGAAUUCGAAGAUGCAGAAGCUGCUAUUGUAGAUUUGGUUGGAGCGAUAAUGUCUAAAGCUGACUCUGGGAAUAGGGAUAGUCUUCUUGAAGAUUCGGUAAAUUCAGAUGAGAAAUUCAUACUGAUUUUAAAGAAUCUUAAGUGUCCUAUGACAGCGGAGGGUAUUUUAAGUUUGGAAUUUUUGAAAUUUGAGUUGGAACUUGCAAAGUUCAGGAACUACAUGGUCUCUCAGAACUGUGCCCAUAUUCUAGAGUCGUUAUUUGUCAAAUACAGGGAUUUCUGUGCAAGCUCCACUUCAGAUGAGACAUUCAUACCCACUUUAGAGAAUCAUGGUCAUAGUAGUCGAGAGGAGAAAUUUUCGAGAAGGAGAUUUUUGAAAUUGGAGUCAGAACUUGUAAAAGUCAGGGACUACAUGGUCUCUCAGAACUGUGCCCAUAUUCUAGAGCCACUAUUUGUCAAAUACAGGGAUAUCUGUGCAAUCGCCACUUCAGAUGGGAGAUUCAUACCCAUUUUAAAGAAAAUUAAUCAUCCUAUGAGAGAGGAUAUUUUGAAUAUGACAUUUUUGGAAUUGGAGUCAGAAGUUGUAGAAGUCAGGGACUACAAGAUCUCUCGGAACUGUGCCCGUAUUCUGGAGUCCUUAUUUGACAAAUACGGGGAUAUUAGUGCAAGCUCCACUUCAAAUCCAAGGACAAAGAUGCGUGUCGUUAACAUUGUUGGUGGGGUUACACAAAACAUGUGCAACACCAUGGUUAAGGACAUCACUCCUGAUUUACUUUUCAAUUGGUGGAAGAACUUUCAACUUGCGCAGCAUGUUGGGUUCAAUGUUCAGUUUGCCUUUGACCAUUUGUAUAGACUUGCGCAAGCACAGUUUCGUAUGGAUUGUGAAUUUGAAGCUAACCAGGACCUUCGUUUUUCUCAAAAGGAGAUUGAGGACCUACCAACUAAAUUGGAGAUCCUCAAAAAUAAACAAAAACAGCUUAUACGAUCUAUAAAAAGAAAAUCAAUAUUAGAGAAGGAACGCUUGACUCAAGACAUGGAAUCAAGGUUGAUGCCUGCAGGGAUGGGUUUGCUGUGAUAG